CUUAAAAUGAGUGAUUUACUUAAAUAAACUUUGAAAGGGUAACAAAAAUAGAAACCACCAGUUCCAAAAAAAUAGAUGCAAAAUGAAGAGGAAAAUGAAGAUGAUGGAGAUGAUAAAGAGGAAGAAUAAGAUUAAUUUGAUGUAGAUUUUAACAAGAAUUCAAUUCCAGUAAAAUUAUAAGGAUCUAAACCAUAACCAAUAAAAGCAGAUCAUAAUAUUACUCAUUCCCAUCAUUAAAAUCCUUAAUAAGCAAAAAUAACUAAAAAGAUUCAUGAUUAUACUCCUUAGAAAUGGAAUGAGUUUUAUGAUGAGAUGAUAUUCCAUCCAAAUGGAACACCAAUAUACAUAGCUGGAAAAAAUAAAGCACCUAUAUUUUUUUGUUUACACGGAGCUGGACAUUCUGCAAUGUCAUUUGCAAAUUUAGCAAACGAAGUGAAGCAGUAUGCAACCUUGAUUUCGUUUGAUUUCAGAGGACAUGGCCAAUCAAAAAUUGAAUUGGAAAAUCCAAACCUAAGUGUUUAGUAGUUAUUGGAUGAUGUAGUUGAAAUAUUCGAUUAUGUGACUACAUAAUGGCCAAAACAGACAGUGAUAAUAGUUGGUCAUUCUAUGGGAGGUGCAAUUGCAGCUAAGUCUGCGAAUUUACUAAUAACAUCCUAAAAGGCAGAUAAAGUUUAGGGUUUGAUAGUGAUAGAUGUAGUGGAAGGAAGUGCAAUCGAAGCAUUACCAUUUAUGGAAUAGAUAGUAAAUAACAGACCUAAGCAUUUUAAAUCAUAUGAGUAAGCGAUUUAAUGGAGUUUGAACACCUCAACAUUAAUGACUCUAUCAUCAGCCAGAGUAUCAAUACCAGCAUAAUUAAAAGAAGUCAAAGAUUAGAAUGGAAAUUUGAUCAGUUUAGAUUGGCAAGUUGAUUUAUUGAAGACAGCACCUUAUUGGAUGGGCUGGUUUGAAGGAUUAACAAAUUCGUUCCUGCAAAUCAGAAUACCAAAAAUUUUGAUGUUGGCUGAGAAAGAGAGACUAGACAAGGAUCUUACGGUGGCUUAGAUGCAAGGAAAGUUUAGACUAAUUGUGCUGUAGAAUACUGGUCAUAGUAUUUAAGAAGAUGAUCCUAAAAGCACUGCUUAUAAUUUCCAUGAUUUUAUAUUAAAAUUUAGAAUCCCAACUACUGUAGAAGAAGUUGAAAAGCUUAAACAAGUUGGAAUCGGAAAGUUUCAUCCCACCAUUGGGAAUUAUGAAUAUUAAUAGAAAUAUUAUUGA